ACCUUAUCCUAUAGAAAUUGACAAGCUGAGGAAUUGCCACACAUCUCUCCUACGAACCACUAGCCUUCGGCCGCUUGUCCCACCAUUCGAUUUUGCCUCUUAAAGCACAAAACCAAUAAAUCAUCGGCCUCACGCCCUUCUUCGCUCUCUCCGUCUUGUUCCCCACCCUGAAGAAUAGCCCUCCCACCGCAAAUUUGUGGAGGUAAGCUGUCGUCUUCGCCGUGGAAGUUUAUAGAUUUGAUCGGAAGUUCAAUCGUUUAUCUUCUCUGCCGCGAAAUUAGGGUUCUUUCAUUCCGAAACCCCCCAAAAAUAGCAUUUUUUGUUGAAUUUUUGAGCUCGGGAGACCGUUCGUUGUGCUUGGAGAUCCGAGGCGGACCAAAAAUGAGAAUUUUUUUCUUUUCACUUACUUUAGGCUAGAGCUUUUUCCUAGAGAUCGCAGCACUCCGCUCUUUAUGUGCGUUUUAGGUUUGUCAGUUUGAAGUAAUGGCUUCUCCUGCUUCCCUUGCAACCCUGGGAAGCGUGAGGGCUUCGCACUCCUCACACCUCGAGACCGCUUCUUUGGUAUUGGGCAAUAAAAGAAUCCACGUAAUCUCAAGGCUUAGUUUCAGUAACUCUGGCAGGAGGCAGCAAUGGGUUUUGCAUUAUCGCCGUAGUUUCUGUAAGUGCAUGGUUACACCAAACUUAAUAGAUGAGAAGGUCGUUUCUUCUUCCCUUGAAUCAGUAUAUCAAGCUAUUAGUGCUAAUAAAGACGAGGAUGCUGAUCUAAUUCUCAAGGCUGCCCCAAAACCAGUUUUAAAAGGUAGGCCAAGUAGUCCUGCCGAUUUUGCAAGCUCCACUGCAUCAUUAAAUGGGGGAGUUUUUACUGGAAAAAGAGUAGAAACUCGGGAUGAAGAUAGAGAGAAGGUUAUAAAGUCAUUGGGGGAGGUUUUGGAGAAGGUGGAGAAACUGGAGACUGGGAUGGUUGUUAAUCCAGUUAAAUCAGGUGGUAGUGAGAGUAGGGGCAAUGUCAAAACAAAUGGUAGUUCUAAGCCCAACAGAUAUGGGAACGCUAACAACUCUUCUCAGAAGUCGAAAACAGUGAAGAGUGUGUGGCGGAAGGGGAACCCAGUAACAAAUGUACAGAAGAUGGUCAAGGAAGUACCAAGGAUUGCUAAAGACAAAGAGGAAGAGGAAAAGGCUCCUAUGGUAUCAGAGACAAUCAAACAAGAAACUUCAUCUCCUAAAGUUUUCAGACCUCAGAAAUCUGUACCAGUUCCUCCUAAAGCUGUACCAAGGCUGCAAGCAAAGCCCGGUGUUGCUUCUCAGUCUGCAAAUAUAAGUACUGCACAGAAACCUACAUCUACAAAAGAGAGAAAACCAAUUCUUAUUGACAAGUUUGCAUCUAAGAAAUCAGCUGUUGAUCCCAUUGCAGAAGCUGUUUUGAUGCCCACAAAACCCGUAAAGGUGCCCCCUUCAAAGUUCAAGGAGGAGCGCUGGAAGAAAUCCAGUGCUAUUGGUGGUUUGCGUAAAAGAUUGGUAGAAGAUGAUGUUGACAUAACUGAGGAAGAUGCUUCAGAGCUUGAUGUACCUAUUCCUGGUGCAAGGAAGGGAAGGAAAUGGACAAAGGCAAGUCGCAAGGCUGCAAGACUUGAGGCAGCUAAAGCUGCAGCACCCGUUAAAGUAGAGAUUGUUGAGGUUGGGGAUGAGGGAAUGCCUACUGAGGAGUUAGCUUACAAUCUCGCUGUUAGUGAAGUAGAAAUUCUUGGGUUUCUGUAUUCAAAGGGGAUCAAACCUGAUGCAGUGCAUACUCUGGGAAAAGAUAUGGUUAAAAUGAUAUGCAAGGAAUAUGAUGUGGAAGUUAUUGAAGCUGCUCAGGUUACAGUGCAGGAGAUGGCGAAGAAAAAAGAGGUACUAGAUGAGGAAGAUUUGGAUCUGCUAGAAGUAAGGCCUCCGAUUAUCACAAUUAUGGGCCAUGUUGAUCAUGGAAAGACAACUCUUUUGGACUAUAUUCGUAAGAGCAAGGUGGUGGCAUCUGAAGCAGGCGGAAUAACGCAAGGCAUUGGAGCAUAUAAGGUUGAAGUUUCCAUAGAUGGAAAACCUCAGUCUUGUGUUUUCCUUGAUACACCUGGGCAUGAGGCAUUCAGUGUAAUGAGAGCUCGUGGAGCGAGAGUGACAGACAUAAUCAUUAUUGUGGUUGCUGCUGAUGAUGGUGUCCGCCCACAAACGAAUGAGGCGAUAGCUCAUGCAAAAGCAGCCGGUGUGCCUAUCAUAAUAGCAAUAAACAAGAUAGAUAAGGAUGGAUCUAAUCCGGAUAGAGUUAUGCAAGAACUUUCGCAGGCUGGUCUUAUGCCAGAAGAGUGGGGUGGUGACAUCCCUAUGGUCAAGAUAAGUGCUCUUAAUGGCGAGAAUGUCGAUGAACUGUUAGAGACUGUCAUGUUAGUUGCUGAGAUGCAAGAGUUAAAGGCAAAUCCUUAUCGAAAAGCAAAAGGAAUUUGCAUAGAAGCGGGACUUGAGAAAUCAAGAGGGCCUGUUUCCACACUUAUUGUGCAAAAUGGAACUCUUCGAAGGGGUGAUAUUGUUGUAUGUGGUGAAGCUUAUGGAAAGGUUCGUGCUUUAUUUGAUGAUAGGGGCAGUCGUGUUGAUGAAGUAGGACCAUCGAUGGCUGUUCAGGUUAUUGGCCUUAGCGACGUUCCUGCAGCUGGCGAUGAAUUUGAGGUCGUUGACUUUCUAGAUUUGGCACGUCAAAGAGCCGAGUCUUGUGCGGAAUCUCGGCGGGUCUCACACAUAUCUUCCAAAGCCGGGGAGACGAAGCUUACUCUAUCUUCCUUAGCUUCUGCUAUUUCAAUGGGGAAGCAGUCUGGAGUAGACAGGCAUCAGCUGAAUAUUGUCCUGAAGGUUGAUGUCCAGGGCUCAAUUGAUGCAAUCAGACAUGCCAUCCAAGUGCUUCCGCAGGAUAAUGUCGCUUUGAAAUUCCUUCUCCAAGCCCCGGGUGAUGUAAGCACCAGCGACAUCGAUCUUGCUGUUGCCGCUGAGGCUAUUAUAGUCGGUUUCAAUGUGAAAGCAGCUGGGUCAGUUAAGAGCUAUGCCGACAAAAAGAACAUCGAGAUUCGAUUGUAUCGAGUUAUCUAUGAUCUCAUUGAUGAUAUGCGCGAUGCGAUGGAAGGUCUACUCGAGCCUGUUGAGGAACAAAUGCCCAUUGGAGCAGCGGAAGUUCGAGCUACUUUUAGCAGCGGAAGCGGACGAGUGGCUGGAUGCAUGGUGAUCGAAGGAAAGCUGGUGAAAAACUGCGGUAUUCAAGUUGUUCGGAAGGGGAAGACGGUUCAUACCGGAACGAUUGUUUCGCUGAGACGAGUAAAGGAAGAGGUGAAGGAGGUUGGUGCUGGGCUAGAGUGUGGUGCUGGUGUGGGUGAUUUCUCGGAUUGGGAGAUCGGAGAUGUCAUCAAAGCCUUCGAAACAAUCAAGAAAAGGCGAACCCUCGAAGAAGGGUCUGCUUCUGUUACGGCUGCAUUGGCUGGUGCUGGCGUCACUCGCUAAGAAUGUCAAAGAAAGCUGGUUGGGAAAUGUAGUUGUGAUCUUCUCAUGCCCAUGCUGCAGAACACCUCAGCUCAGGCUUUUGGUAUCUAUGACCAUGCAGCGCCAGUGCCUUCAGAGGCCAUUGAUUAUCAAGCUUGAGUUUGGCUUGAUAGUAUAACUGCAAAAUAGUCCCGAGUUUUUUGGGCUCAUGUUGUGUGUUCAUGUAAAUAAAAUAAUUGAGUUUGAGUUAUAAGCUUUCUUGUGUUUUAUUUGUGUAGUGCCCAUUCAUUUAUCCCACAUUGUAACAGAUACUUUAUCUUACAGUUUUAUGAUAUUAA